CUUAUUGUUAUACGCUGAUUUUGAAACUUCCUUAGCCUAUAACUUCAAAACGAAGUCCGGCUAUCAAAUUUUGAUUGCACCAUUGUUCUUAUUUUCUUAACUCGUUGAAGUACAUAAGUUUCGAAAAAAUAAAAAUAUCAAUAUUCGUAUAAGGCGCACCAAACUAUAGAGUGAUGCGCGAAUGCGUAAAAAUAACGAACUUCAUUAGGUUAUAACACAAAAACUAAGUCCGGCCGCCAAAUUCUGACUUCACCAUCGUUUUCAGAAUAGUUAACUACACAAGUCUGCAACAAAGAAAAUUUAAAAAAAAGGUUUCCGGUAAAGUAACAAAAUAUCUAUAUGUAUAUCGUAUAUGUAUAUUUAUGCUGGGUCGCAUAAACAAUUUAUUACAUUUAAUGGACCAAUCGUGGGCUACUAAAUCUUGUUUAAGGGACCAUUAGCUCAUUGUUUCAUUAAAUGUUUUGUACUUUUGUGAAACCCGGCAUAAAUAUUUCAAAAAAAUAAUAUUUAAUAAUUUAAUAUAAUUAAUAUUGUUGUUUUAAAUGUCUUUAGGAUAUUCUCAUAUAAGUAUUCCUUAAAUCGUGCUCUGUGGGCGGGAUAAAACGGGUUUAGUGGUUGUAGUUACGAACAAUACCGACGUGCAUGAUGUCCGUAACGUUGCGUUGACGGAAACGAAUAACAAAAACAUGAAUUCCCGGUAAAAAAAAAUAAAAUAUUAAAGUACAAGAGGCAAGAGACGAUUGACGAAAGGAUAAUAAAUAAAAAAUCUUUUCGCUUUUUAACUUUCUUACAAGUUCCUACUUACAAUAUGCCAUUUAAAUUGUUAACUAUGAACGGAUUUAGUGUAAAGAAAAAAUUGUGAACAAAACCCGCCAUCCUACACGAUGAUUAUUCUAAAACCGUCAUGGAUAUCUCACAAUGGUAUGCCCAUAUUUUCGAUCGACAUUCAUCCAGACGGUACUCGUCUGGCCACCGGUGGCCAGGGCCGCGACUCUGGACUGGUCAUGCUAUGGAACACAGCCGCAGUGCUGGACGAAAACAGCGAAAACGACGAGAACGUUCCAAAAAUGUUAUGCCAGGUUGACAGCCAUUUAGCAAGUGUCAAUUGCGUUCGAUGGAGUCACUCGGGCAAAUUUUUGGCGUCUGGUGGGGACGAUAAAAUCAUCAUGGUGUGGACAUUGAGCAAAUAUCCUAAUAGUGGAAACAUUGUAUUUGGCACCAAAAAUAUUGUUAAUAUCGAAACGUGGAAAUGUAUGUUCACUUUACGUUCACACUCAGGUGAUAUACUCGAUCUUGCGUGGUCACCCCAUGACUCAUAUCUAGCAUCAUGUUCAGUGGACAACACAAUUAUCAUAUGGGAUGCUCAAAAAUUUCCAUCUAUCCAUAAAGUUCUUUCUGGACAUACUGGUCUGGUAAAAGGAGUUUCUUGGGACCCAAUCGGUAAAUAUAUUUCUUCACAGUCAGACGAUAGAACUUUAAGGAUAUGGAGAACAUCUGAUUGGAAAACAGAUACUAUUGUUACGACUCCCUUUAAGGACUGUGGUGGAAAUACAUCUGUACUACGGCAUAGCUGGUCUCCAGACGGCCAAUACUUAGUAUCGGCUCAUGCCAUGAACAACAAUGGUCCUGUAGCUAAAGUUAUUGAAAGAGAUGGUUGGACAUAUGAGAAAGAUUAUGUAGGACAUAGAAAAGCCGUAAAUUGUGUGAGAUUUAGUAAUUCAAUAAUGGAGCGUAAAAUUGGUAAGAAGAGUCAUCAUAUGUGUUUAUGUGCUGUUGGUUCGAGGGAUACAAAUGUAUCAGUAUGGCAAACAGGAUUAAAAAGGCCAGUUGUAGUUCUUGAAAGUUUAUUUCAAGGUCCUGUGUUAGAUUUAUCUUGGUCAGCAAAUGGAUUAAACCUGUAUGCUUGUUCAUAUGAUGGAACCAUAGCAAUAUUAAUAUUUGAUCCAAAAGAUAUUGGAAAAGCACUUAGUAAUCAAGAUAAAAAUAUAAUUUUUGAAAAAAUGUAUGGUAUCUCACCUUUAGAACGCCACAAUAACAAUUUACUUAUAGAAAAUCCAGCAAUACUAAAAAUGAAUGGUAUACAACAGUCAGAAGUCCAAGAGGUUGACCCUAAAAAAGAAAUAAAACAGCCUUCUCCAAAUGUAAUUAAACCUUUACCACCGAUUUUGAAAAAACAAAUUGAAACUCGCACAUCUGAUGGACGUAGACGUAUUACACCCAUUUUUAUACCACCAACACCUGAUAAUGCAGAAGAAAUUAAUGUCUUACCGUUUUCGUCAUCUAGUGAGUGUAAAAGUCAAGUAGUUGUUGAAAGAGUGAAUAAUAUAAUUGAACCUAAUAUAAGCAACAGUUGCAGUAACUUUAGUCAAGAAUCUCAAACUCCAACAAUUAUUGAUUCAACAAUACCAAGAAGCACUCCUACAUCUGUUUUACAAAUAUCUCCCACUAGAGGAGAAUCUAAGAAAAGGCCAGAACCCGUAGCAUUAAUAUCAAAUUUAUUUUCCACUAAAAAAAUUAAAUUUAAUAAUUUGGAAGAUAAUGACAUUUCAUCAGAUGUCCGACCUAAUUUUGAUCAAACUACAAUGCAAAAAAGAAAAUUCACUAUUUCGAACUUAUGCACUGAUAGAGUUGUUGUAGAAAACGAUAAAUGUAAAACAAUAAAUGGGACUAUUUCUAAAAUGAAAGUCUAUAGUAAUAAUUUAGUUGCUUGGGAAAAAGUGUUCAGUUCAAGUGUAGUAAAAUAUUGUACUAAUAAAACUUUAUCAUUAAUAGUUGUGGCAUUAAGUGAUUGUACUAUUCAUGUGAUAGGAUCAAAAAAUGGAUCAUUAAUAUGUCCUCCCUAUGUACUAUCGUCUUUAGUAACGUCUAUUAGUUCCAAUAAUCACUACUUAUUAUGUAUGACACAAAAUUCUCUUUCUGUUUGGAACAUAUACAAACAAGAAUGUGUCUUAUAUGAAGAAAAACUCAACAUAUUGGUUUGUUCAAAUAAAAAUAAGCCAGUAAAUGUACAAAAAUGUAUGUUGACUGAAAAUGGAACGUCAAUCAUCACAUUAACUACUGGUAAAUCAUAUAUGUUUUCUAUAAGUGCCAAAUGUUGGAUGAUGAUUGGGGAUAGUGGAGAUAGUAUAUAUUCAAAUUCUUCUCAAAAAAAUAAACACAAUGGUUUAAAUAAAACUAGUGGCAAGUAUCCACUGAGUGUCAUGCAAGCAUAUUCUUCAAAGUAUAAAUCAAACUUAGAUUUUAAGGACACUGAAGGGAUAAGUGAAUUGUGUUCAAAAUCAUUUUUGGAACAACAGAUGUCGGCAGCUUUAGCUUUGGAGUCUGAUAAAGAGUACAAAUAUUGGUUAAUGGCUUACGUAUCCUUUUUAAUUGAAAGAGAAGACAAUGAUCGAUUAAGAUAUUUAUGUCAGGAUUUGUUGGGAGUUUCACAUGGUUAUUCAAGUCAUAAAAAAGUUGAAACAAUCAUUGGUAUGUCAAAACAUGAACUUUUAAGAGAAGUAUUAGGAAUUAUAGCUGGUUCGAGAAACACUCAAAGAUUAUUUACUGAGUUUCAUGACCAAUUACAACAAAUGUCUUAACUAAACGACUGAUUAAUUAUUUAUUUUGUAAAAUUUAAAUUAUAUACACAUAAAUGUUUUAGUUAGUUUAAUUUAUUAUAUAAUAAUAUAAAAAUUUAAAUUAGAUACCUAAUAUUCAUAUUAUAUUUCACAAUUAAAAAAUAGAAU